AUGAUCAAGAUUGAAUGUGGGAAGGUAACAAGUCGAACAUUAGUUAAUACUGGAUCGGUAAAAUCGGUGAUGGCAGAAGAGUUGCACGAAGAAUUAGUAGAGAAAGGUGCUGAGGUGUUAGUAAUGUCAACUAACAACACAAAAGUAAUGGAUGUAUCGGAGAAGAAGUCACAUCCGAUUAUGAAACAGGAUAUGUUCGAGUGCGUGGGUAAUGGCCGACCGUAUCACGUAAUAUAUCUAGUGGUGAAGAAACUAAUUUACUCUUUUAUCAUCGGUAUUGAUUUUCUGGAAGAACAUGGAGUGAUAGUUAAUAUGGAAGAACAGGGAGUUCUUCAACGUGGACAUUGUGGAUGA